AAUAACCAUAAUACCUUCUUCUUUAUUACUAACGUAAUAAAGAAACAUAUUCUUAUUUAAAAGGUUUAGAAUCUUUUUUAAUUACAUAUUAUAAAUUAGAGAACAAAAGGCAAGGUGAGGAUAUAAUUAUUUGUAUUUAGCCCGAUAGAUUAAAAGGUCGUUAUUUGUUUCGGUCGGCCGUGCGGCGCGUUUUGGAAUAUAUGGAAUGGAUAACAGAAGAAUUGGUAGUCGAGGAAAUUAGCGAUGAUGUAACAAUUAACAUUAGAAUGGCUCAACAAAAACAUAAAAUUGAAAAAAAAUCACUCACAUUAAAGGUAAUCGACGAAGCAUGUGCGUAGAAAAUCUAUCUACACUAAAAAUAUAUAAAUAAGAAUAAAGAAUCAGUUUUGUAAUGUGUAAAAAACAUAUCACUGAUUUAAGGAUCGAUCAAUACUAUUAGUGAGACCAUCUGAAAGAUCUUCCGCAGAUAAAACGUACAUAUACGAUCUUAUCACAAAGUUCCGCGCAUUUACGAAGCAUUCGGAGGAUUUAAAAAGAAAUCUGGCAGCUGUGUGCUCUUAUCAAUAUUUACCGGCUGAUCGUGUAAUUGUUCGUCAGAAUCGUAGAGCGGAAAAUCUUUAUUUUAUUAUGAAUGGCGAAGUCAGUUUGUCGAAAGUAUCGAUUGAUGAAUUAACAGGUGAUGAGAAAGUUAUAGACAUGGGUAUUAUGCACUCAGGGGAUAUGUUUGGUGAAGUUGCAUUAUUGCAUACAGUGCCGAGAACGUCAACGAUAAUCACUAAAACAUCAGUUGAUUUGCUCCUAAUUACUCGAGACGAUUUCGAUAACGUUUUACGCGAUAGUUUGACGAAGAAGUGGGACAUUCUUCGUGAUGCAUUAGUUCAUUUCAAUUAUUUCAAGUUGUGGGACGAAGAAACAGUACGAGAGUGUUGCAUUCUGAGUAAAUUGAUGGACUUUAAGCCUAACGAGGUUUUGUUAGGCGAUGGAAGAGGAAUGGUGAAUUACGUGCAUUUUAUUCUAAGUGGUAAAUGUCGCCUUAUUGAACAUAUGCUCGUUCGCGAGCAUCUUUCUUAUCAUGAAAUGCAAUACGAAUUGUAUGAUUCUGAAACUUUUGGACCACAAAUACAACCAAGAAAAGUGUCGAGAAAAAUUGAAGAACCUGAGAUUGAAUCAACUCAACUUGACAGACCCAUAAAAUCUGUUGAAACGCAGGACGAAGUUGAUCAAUCAAGCAUCGUCACCGCCACACUUUUUGACGUUGUUAAAGGGUGGCAUGAAAUUACUGAUAUUGCGGCGAUAUUAAUGCAAGAACCAUCCGUUACGUCUCAAUUACAUUAUCCGAGUGAUGUUCGUACUAUAUUCAUGCAAAUAUGCACUUUUACCCGGGGUGCGUGUUUUGGUUUAGGAGAAAAAAUGCUCCAUCGAAGAAUAGUAGCGAUUACUCCAGUACGAUGUUUUCUUAUUCCACGAUAUUGGUUGCUUGAGCACAACCGUGCCAAUAUCUGGGGCCGUGUGAAACAGUUUAUGGACUCAAAAUAUCCAACUAAGAAACAGCUGUUUAAUGAAUUUCUGCUAAAUCGAAAAUGGAUGGCAUACAAGCAAAAUUUAGUUACAGAUGUUAUUAAACGACGUGGUCAUUUUCGUAGUAAUACAACAAUACAUGACGUGCCGUAUUCUAUAAGAAUUACAGAUGAGAUAGAUCCAAAAUUUUAAUUACAUACUUUGCACAUCGUUUUUAUUAAAUCAAUAUUAUUUUUAAUAAAUAACAGUGUAGUACACAACACAAUAUUGGAGUAUAUACACAUUUAUUUAAAAAUUUGCAGAAAUAAAAUUUAGAUGCAUUAUUUAUCUUA